UCCCUCGCUUCUCCCACCCCACUUUUCCCUCGUUUUCUUCCCUGCCCUCACUUCCGCCGCGCAAACCCUCGCCCGCCGCCGCCUCAGAUCCCAGCUCUCAAACCCUGCCGCCCUCCCGCGCGCCGUCCCUCCGAUCCGCGGCUCCACGCGUGCCCCGAUCCCCAUGGCGGCGGCGGCGGCCGGCGGCGGGGCCGGCGAGGCCGGGGCGCGGGCGCUGCUGCAGCGGCACCAGCCCUUCGCGCCGCCGCCCGGCGAGUACCACAACUUCGGCGCGCCCGCGGCCGGCGGCGACGAGAUGGUGGAGGCCGUCGUCCUCAGGACGCCAUUGAAACGGAAACAGAACAGAGAAGGAAAUGGAGCUGCCGAACCAACUGACUGGAUGAUGAGCCCUGGAUAUGCUAAUGCAGGCAGCAGUCCGGUUCCUACACCACCGUCAGGGAAAGGUUUAAAAUCUUCUGCCAAGCCUAAGGCUACCAAGGGCCAGAAACCUUGCCCUCAGACCCCUUUGAGUUUUGGUUCUCCAGGCAAUCCUUCUACUCCUGUCGGUGGCUGCCGCUAUGAUAGCUCCCUAGGGCUCUUGACAAAGAAGUUCCUAAACUUGCUAAAAGGUGCACCUGGCGGCAUAGUUGAUCUGAAUAAUGCUGCAGAAACUCUAGAGGUACAGAAAAGGCGUAUAUAUGACAUUACUAAUGUUCUCGAAGGGAUAGGGCUUAUAGAAAAGAAGCUUAAGAACAAUAUCCGUUGGAAAGGAAUCGAUGACUCACGGCCUGGAGAAGUUAGUGAUGAUAUGUCAAUUUUACAGGCAGAUAUUGAAGCUCUCACAGUGCAAGAGCAAAAUUUGGAUGAACGGAUAAAUGAAAUGCGGGACAGGUUAAGGGAGCUUACUGAAGAUGAAAAUAAUCAAAAGUGGCUUUAUGUUACAGAAGAUGAUAUCAAAUCUUUGCCUUGCUUUCAGAACCAAACUCUAAUUGCUAUAAAAGCACCGCAUGGUACAACUUUGGAAGUCCCAGAUCCUGAUGAGGUUAAUGAUUAUCCUCAAAGAAGAUACAGGAUUGUGCUAAGGAGUACUAUGGGUCCGAUAGAUGUGUACUUAGUUAGUCAAUUUGAGGAGAUGAGUGGCAUGGAAACUCCUCCGAGGCCUACACCGACAAUAAGCAUGGAUUCUCUAGAGAAUCCUAGGACGCCUUUGGCUGCAGAAUGCAGCAAAGCUGCAGGGACAGAACCUACCAUUCAACAAGGGUUUACACUACCUCCUGAUGCUCCUAGUAGUUCGCAGGACAUUGGCGGGAUGAUGAAGAUUGUCCCUUCAGAGCUUGAUACUGAUGCAGACUACUGGCUCUUAUCAGACACAGGAGUUAGCAUCACAGACAUGUGGAAGACAGCACCAGAUGUGGAGUGGGACGGGAUCGAGAAAUUCAACGCGGAGGAUUUCCUGGAAGUCAGCACGCCCCGUCAGCAGGAUAAACCGGCCGACGUCGUGGAUGGCCCCUCCUGUAUGAGCUGAAAGCAGAUGAAUCGUGGCAGGGAACACCAUUCAUAUUUUAACGGCCGAUCGGAUCAACCUGGAGCGGUAUAUGGCUGAGUGAUGUACAGAUGCUAGCCCAGAAAUAGCUCAAAUGGUCUUUUCGGAUCAUGCUGAUCAUAUAACCGAGCGUGGAAUGUGGACUGCUCAGGCUGUCCUUCACAGGUUGACCUUGAAACCAUGUGCCGGGCCUGCAAGUUGCAUGCUGUGCUGGGCAUCCCACAGCAUGAGGAGUGUACAAUUAGGAAUAUGUUGUGUGCUGAUGAUGCUCGCGGAGAUCCAUUUGUAAAAUAGUAGUCACUAUUAGUUAUUUAUUAUUUGCGUCAUACUGAUUCAUCUCUCUUU